UAAAAGAGAAAACAGAGAGAUAUGAUUUUCAAUAUUCAUUCAGUAAAAUAAAAGCGAGAACAGGGCAAAAAUCUUGUUCCCUUUUCUGCCAAUAGAGGUGCAAAACAACAAAUCUCCAGACGGAAACAGUUCAUCUGCAGGGCUCAUUUGCGCAUGCGCAGCCAACCGUCUUCCUUUCCGACACUCGAGCGAAAAGAGACAAGAUGGGCCAUCAGCAGCUCUACUGGAGUCACCCCCGAAAAUUCGGUCAGGGAUCCCGCUCCUGCCGAGUGUGCUCAAACAGACACGGCUUGAUCCGCAAAUACGGGCUCAAUAUGUGCCGCCAGUGCUUCAGGCAGUACGCGAAAGACAUUGGCUUUAUUAAGCUGGAUUAAAUUUGCAGCUGACAUCCUCAGAUGGGUCAAGGGAUCAUCAGAUGGCUGGCUUAGAUUGGAUAAUACAUCGCUGCAAAUAAACACUUUUUUUGUCCAACUACAUGAAACUAUGUGGUCAUUUUAGUGUCCGAAGUCUCAAAUAUACAGGUGUCUC